UUGAGAAGAGAAAUUUUGUGGGGGAGGUUGAAAAUUUGAAUAAACAUGGGGAUGGUCAAAAGAUCUGAGCCGUUGAUUUUGGCUUCAGUGAUUUUGACGGUUUGUUUGUGUUUGAGUACUCCAAAGGCUUGUUCUUCACAGGAUCAAGGGAGUGGAGUUCCUGGUUUCUUCAUUUUUGGAGAUUCUUUAGUGGAUAAUGGCAAUAACAAUGGAUUGCUUACGCUUGCGAGAGCCAAUUAUAGGCCUUAUGGAGUUGAUUUUCCUCAGGGCACCACUGGCCGCUUCACUAAUGGUCGAACCUUUGUUGAUGUCUUAGCUCAGCUACUGGGGUUUCGGACAUUCAUUCCUCCAUACAGUAGAACUCGAGGAAGAGCCCUUCUUAGAGGAGUCAACUAUGCAUCUGGUGCAGCAGGAAUUAGAGAUGAGACUGGAAACAAUUUGGGUGCUCAUUUAUCUAUGAACAACCAAGUAGAGAAUUUUGGGAGAACAGUGGAAGAAAUGAGUAGGUUUUUCAGAGGAGACACUGAAGCUCUUAGUUGCUAUUUAAGCAGAUGCAUUUUCUAUUCAGGAAUGGGAAGCAAUGACUAUCUCAAUAAUUACUUCAUGACUGAUUUUUACAACACCAAAUCUCAAUACACACCUCAAGCUUAUGCCUCUGCCCUUCUUCAAGAUUACACUCGCCAACUUAGACAAUUGUACCAACUUGGAGCACGGAAAAUAGUUGUGACCGGGGUUGGUCAGAUCGGUUGCAUUCCUUACGAGCUGGCUAGAUAUCAAGGCAAUAGUAGUCGUUGCAACGAAGAGAUCAAUGGUGCGAUCACCCUUUUCAACUCCGGCCUCCGCAAGCUUGUCGACCAUUUCAAUAGUGGUCGUGUUCUUCCCGGAGCUAAGUUUGUGUACCUUGAUACCUACCGAAGCAACAUCGACUUGAUUGAAAAUGCCGCCACUUAUGGGUUCACAGUUGUAGACAAGGGAUGUUGUGGAGUGGGGAAAAACAAUGGGCAAAUAACAUGUUUACCUCUUCAGCAACCAUGCGAAGAUCGAAGAGGCUACUUGUUUUGGGAUGCAUUUCAUCCCACAGAGGAUGCAAAUGUAGUGUUGGCCAAGAUGGCAUUCACUUCCCCUUCAAGAGCCUAUGCAUAUCCCAUUAACAUACAACAAUUAGCAAUGUUGUAAAGUUACCUUAAUUACAAACGACCUAUGUCAGAUGUGUGGGAUUUAAUUGUAUUCUCUUUCAUUACUUCUUGUUGCUUUCUAUUUGUAUGUCAUCCAUCUCCAGUUUCUUCUUUCAAGCCUUGUUUUCUUUGUGUAAGCCAUGACUGAUUUCAAGUGUAAUAAAAAGAUUGGAACUUUUGUGUUUAA